AUGGCGUAUUACCGGUGCGGGCCGACAGCCAUCGGCAGCCGCACCUCGUGGGGCCCGGUCACGUCGCCCACCUCCGUGGAGCCCAAGAGCUAUGAUAGACCACUGAGCGGCAACUUUGAUAGAAUAUUUAAUGCUUUUGAGAGGACCAAUGCCUUCGAGUACAUCCGGAACUCAUUUGAGGGCGGGAAAGAAGAAGAGGAACGUCAUAUCGGUCAUGGAGACAUCAUAGUGAAUAGAAAGAUGAGCAGCAGCUUCGAGCGGGCAGACUGCGCGCUGGCGGCGCAGACACCAUGCUCCGAGGAUGAGGACUUCUACCGGGAGAAGAUACUGUACUCGCAGGCGAGGCAGCUGUUCCCCUUGCAGGAGGACCUGGCCGACUGGAUUAACAAGACUAUCGGUAUAACGUACCUGACGGGAGAGAACUUCCUGGACGUGCUGGACAAUGGUGUGGAGUUGUGCCAGCUGGCUGCCGUCAUACACGACCGCGCCAGGGAGGCGCUCGACCAGGGACUCAUUGUGGGGCCGGUGCCCCAGAUCCGCGGCCGUUGCUGGCAGCGCGCGGCGCGGCGCAGCUUUUUCUCCCGCGACAACACUGAGAACUUCAUCACAUUCUGCCGGGAGCUCGGUGUGCAUGAGAACUUGCUCUUUGAAAGCGAUGAUCUUGUACUGCACAACCAGCCGCGGCAGGUAAUCCUAUGCUUGCUGGAGGUGGCUCGCCUCGCCACCAAGUUCAAUGUGGAGCCGCCAGGCCUGGUGCAGUUGGAGAAGGAAAUCGCGCUGGAGGAACGGGACUCGGGGCUGGACUCCACCAUGUCAGCCACCGCUUGGCAGUUCAGGGACUCUUCGCCACCACCGCGCGAUGAAAAAUCUGCCAAUGAAAUACCACCAAAGACACCAGAUCCAGACUCACAACUGUCAGCGGUGGACAACGCGGACGCAGAGAGCACCAAGUCGGAGGGAACUGUUGCCAGCACUGACUCCGACGUGCCGCUCAAACCCACCAAUGAACUUGAUAAGAGGGUACAGUUGGUGACUCGGCUGAUGGAGCGCGGCUGUAGCUGCAGCUCAGGCAAGUGCUCUAAGCUGCUGAAGGUGAAGAAAGUUGGAGAAGGUCGAUACAACAUCGCUGGCCGAAAUGUUUUCAUCAGGCUGCUGAAGGGUCGCCACAUGAUGGUCCGCGUGGGCGGCGGCUGGGACACGCUGGAGCACUUCCUGUCGCGCCACGAGCCCUGCCAGGUGCGGCUGGUGACGCAGGGCCGCCGCGACGUACUGCCCGUGCCCCUGGACGAGCCCACCGCGCCCGCACUCUCACCCGCCAGCAGUAGAGCCUCGCUCACCAAGGAGUGUUCAGUAGCCGGCACCGUCUCACCCGUCGAUAGCAAAGCUUCCUCCAUCAGCGGCAAGACGUCUCCCGUGGAGCUCCGCAGUGGCCGCUCCACGCGCGCUUCCAGUAAAGCCAGCAGUGGCAAGAGCUCCCCACUGCCAGACCCGCGCCGCACCUCCACGCCUGUCAAACCGACCUCUGCCAGGAGCUUGCGCUCCGCUUUGACUCUCCCCCUGCGCGCCGACUCAGUAGACGGGCGCUCUCCCAAGUCCCCCGCAGCGCGCAGCAGGAAGCAGUCUGCACCGUCCAGCUUCAGCACCCCCAACACACCAACUGGUAGAUCUGUUAGAACGCCUCCCGUAGAGCACAGGAAAUCACUCACCUCCGCUGCUUUGGCCACCACACCCACCACACCCAAGAAGUCACGUAGUAUGAGUCUGGCACACGUACAGAAGGACGACAAGAGGACAUUUUGUGGUACCGACCGACUUAACCAGGUGAAGAAAACUAGGAGUACCAGCGCAGCGACCACCCCCACCGACACCGCGGCCACCAGGAAGACUCGCAGUCAGAGUCUCGCUUCCACUCCCGUGAACGAGCCCAAGAAAACGUUUAACGGGACCAACGGCUAUGCUAAAAAGACUAGGAGUAUGAGUUUGGCGACUCCUGUCGACUUCAAACCACUGAACAAAAGUAUUUCUGUGAAUGGAGCGAUGACUCAGGCCGCCAUCGAGGAGAGUAUCAGACUGUCACUAGCGGCCACCAUCGCCGACGACACCUCCUCCAAGAAACCGUUUUUGCACAUAAAAGCCAAAUACAGAAGUCCCCCGCCACGGGAGGUGCCGCCCAGAUAA